ACGUGCCGGGCGCCAUGUUGGAGGGCUGAUUGUGAGCUCCUGGCGUCGUGUUCCCCUGUCUUUCUUUCUCUCCCCACCCCCCCCCCGUCCCCUCUCUCUCCGUCUCUCUCUCCGUCUCUCCUCUCGUCGUCCCCGCGGCCGCCCGAGGGGUUCCGUCCAGUGGAGGGAGGCGGAGGCUGUGUGGGACUCCGAACGCCAUGGACAUCGAGACGUUGGACGAGGCGCUCAAAGAUUUUGAGAAGAAAGGAAAAAAGGACGUGUGUCCAGUGUUGGAUCAAUUUCUUUGUCACGUAGCCAAAACUGGGGAGACAAUGGUUCAGUGGUCUCAAUUUAAAAGCUAUUUUAUUUUCAAACUGGAGAAAGUGAUGGAUGACUUCAGAACUUCAGCUCCUGAGCCAAGAGGUCCUCCUAACCCGAAUGUGGAAUAUAUUCCCUUUGAUGAAAUGAAGGCAAGGAUUCUGAAAAUUGUCAAUGGAUUUAAUGGCACCCCUUUCACUAUUCAACGACUUUGUGAACUACUAACGGAUCCAAGGAGAAACUACACAGGAACAGAUAAAUUUCUUAGAGGAAUAGAAAAGAAUGUGAUGGUUGUCAGCUGUAUUCAACCUUGUACAGAGAAGACUAGUACCAAUAGUUUAAGCCGGAUGAAUGGUGUUAUGUUUCCUGGAAACUCACCUGGUUACACUGAAAGAUCCAAUGUCAAUGGUCCUGGAACCCCAAGACCGGUAAAUCGACCAAAGUCUUCAUUAUCAGCUCCUAUGACAACAAAUGGUCUACCUGACAGCACAGAGAACAAAGAAUCAAGCUUGCAGCCAACAGAAGACAAAGAACACAGUGAACAUGAAAAAUCGGAAUCAGAAGAUGUCCAGGUGACCCCUGUGAAAAAUAAACAUCCAAAUGAAGAAGUUGUAGAAGUCGAAGGGUCUGAAGCAAAAAGAUUCAAAUUUGAUGAAGAAGACAGAGCGUCUACUAGCCAAGCUACUCCUGGUGAAAUGUCUUCAGUUUUGGUAGAAGAAACAAAAGCACAUGCUAUACCUCAGGAUAAAGACAAAGAAAAUAUGUGUGCAAGGCCACACAUUUCAGAAGAGGAGGAGGAAGAGGAAGACGAAGAGGAGGAUGAGGAAGAGGAAGAGGAAGAAGAGUCUUUUAUAACACCAAGGGAAGCGACUCCAGAAAGAAAAGAUCAAGAAAAGGAAAGUGAUGAUUCCUUAUCUUUGAAUGAAGAGACUGCUGAGGAGAGUAGUCCGGUGGAGGAAUGUGACCUGCCUGAAGCAGAGAAAGAUAUAAGCAUUGAAGAUAGUGAAAGUACAAGACCUGAAAGUAAUGGUGCUGAUCUCAAUAAAACUGAAGAAUUGGGAACCCUAGGCAAUGAAAAUCAAGAAAUUCCUUCUGAGCCUGAAGUGGAAAACAGUGAUGAGGUCACGGAAAUUGUUGAAGAAUCUAUGGAGCAUGAAGUCUAAAUAAAAAAACACAUUUAGUGCAGUAUUUCCAUAAGGCUCUGGUUUUACACUGUAUACAAUUUUAUGUAAUUAAGUGGACCUUGAGUUUUAUAAGAAAAGCAGGUUGUAAAAUAAAAUUAUUUGAGGAAGAAAUCCUGAAAGAGUUGUGUGUUGUAAGAACUGUGAAUAUCAGCUCCUCCAGGUCCUGUUUACCGCUGACUUUUUGGUUUGGUCAACUCAGUGGUUUGUGUAUAGAUAUAUUUUUUUUUUAAUUUAGAAUAAUACUGUUUUUAAACUGGAAGGUAAUGAUUAUAAUUUUCACAGCCUUUUUGGAGAUUACCAUACUUAGUUAGAUUCACAAGAAAGCUUUUUGUCUUGUCUCUUUGACAGUUCUACCAGUUGUUUCAUAUUUUGACCAUGGUUUCAACAUUUUAAUGGGUUUCAUGUUGGUUAUCAGAUUUUAUUAUUUAAAUUCUAUGGAACCAUAAGUCAUAUAUACAUAUAUAUAUACACACUAUUCUAAGGGAGAAAUGUUCUAUUUUUCUGUUUGUAUAAGAGAGGAAUACAAGAAUACUUUUCUAUUGGAAAUUGAGUUCAUCUCUUUCAGAAGGUAAUUUCUUUAACUUCUGAAUGAAUCAAAUAAAAUCUGGCCCCUGUGAAACCCUGGAAAUCAUAAAACGCUGUUGAAAUACAGAUUAAACACAUUCCAAGACACAAGUUCAAACUACAACCGUUUUGUAUACUUCAAGGUGCCCGAGUAAAAGGAUUUCAUUAUUUAUGAUAAAAUGCGCUUCUUUUGAGAAUGAUCUACAAAAUAGCUAGAUAUUUUGUAAAAUGAAUGCCUGCAAAGCAAUUACAAAAAUGUCUCCCGAGAAUGGGGCAAGUUACUUGUCCUUUUGCUUGCUUUUUUGAACAUUGUGAAUAGAACGCAUUUCCUUCUAAAUUAUUCUAAAUAAUGCAAAUAGCAUUGCUAUGAUUCACCCCUGUAUUGGAAAAAUUAAUAUAUUAUCUUAGGUAUGUAUUUGCGCUAAAGUGACUGAAGUUUUAGGGAGCAUAUAAAUCAGAAUAAUUUGUAAAUGACAUUUUGAGGUGGAUUAAAUAUUUUUGAACAUUCUGACAGCCAGUGCUACAGUUUUCAGACCAGCACAAAGCACAACUGCUUUAAAUUCAAUAUUUUCAAAUUUGCUUAAAGCCAGCCAAGCUGCAACUUUCCCGGUCAAAAUUAAUUGGCUGCCAAAUUUAUACCUGUUUAUUCAACUGUACCUUUUGAUAUUUAGAGUUUUUAAAUUUCUGUAAAGUAGAUUUUGUAGAUUGUAAUGUGUUCACUGCCUUUGUGAAACAGUAUAUAAUUGUAUAAUUUCUGUGUGUAACCUGAAUGCUUGGGCUUUCAAAACAGUAUUCAUAUAAAGCAAUAAAUAUUGUCAUGAAAGGUUCGAGUACAUUUUUAUCAAAAUAUAGAAAGGAAAUCUUAGGAGUCUGAUAUCUGAGGUACACAGACGAUCUCCAAAAUUAAUGCUAACAAUUUCCGAUAGUGUAUCAUAUGCUUUGUUUAUGGUUUGGGGUAACACAAGUUGUAGGUUUUGAUUGUUUAAAUUAUCAGAGGAAAAACAAAACAAAGUAACUUAGCUCAGUUUGUAUUUUCAUAUGGUUGAUGGUAGCCAGAGGAUAAAUUAAGGGAAGUGCUUGCUAGUUAAAAUAAAACUGAACAUUGGAGCAAUACUUGCCAGUGAUAGGAAAAUUUUAAUUUUUGCAGAGUUUGCUAACUGCAAGUGUGUUAUAAUAAAAAAAAGUACUUAGUCAAAUUUUAAAAGUGACAUAAUUCAAAGAUUGAGCGACAUUUUACCUUUUUGUUUAGGAAUAUUUUUCAAUGAGAAUAAAUUUUAAACAUUUUAAGUUUAGAAACUUGUGGAAUUUUCUUUAGAAUAUUUGUGAAAAUAUUGUCAAUAAAACUAUUCUUUAAGCACCCA